AUGGCCGACGAAAAGAAGAUCGAACUCAAUGAAAAGGGCGAUAACCCCAUCUCCCAAAACGAAUCUGAAGCCGAACCUAAGGAGAAGCCUCAGCUCAGCACUGUCGUUGAUGAAUCCGACCCGAAGAAGGUUGUUCUUCGCGGUGUCAAGGGAACAGUCAAGUGGUUCAGCAUCUCGAAGGGUAAGUUUCAAACUCUUGUUUUAGAGGUACUUUAAAUUUGUCGUUCAUAUAUGUGGUUUCAGGAUUUGGUUUCAUCCGCCGCCACGAUAAUGACAAGGAUAUCUUCGUCCACAGCACUGCCAUCGUUCAGCGUGAUGAUCGUCGUUGGAAAUAUGCCUUGACUGCCGAAUUGGAGGUUGAAUUCGACGUGAUCUCCGGGUUCAAGGGACCGAAGGCUCAAGCUGUUACUCUUCCUGGAGGAGAACCUGUUGAAGCCAUCAGACUAUACGAACGCUUCAGCCGUUUCAAGGGAGGUCGUCGCCGUUCCAAGAGUGAAAAUGCUUCUGAAGGAGACAAAACCGAUUCCUCUCGUCGCCGUUAUGUGUCCGAUGGAGGAGAGAGCUCCGAAGAGAAUAAGAAGAAGAGCGCCGGAAAACGCAAGCGUAAGUUUUGCGAUUUGUUAUGGGUUUUAAUGCCAUAUAAUUUCCUUGCAAUAAACUGAAAUUUCAGCGUUCUCUGGACGUCGUGUUCGCAAGACCAAGGAAGACAAGAGUGCCAGCGACGACAAGAAACAGAUCCAGGCCGAGGAGAAACAAGCUGAAUUGGUGGCCUAA